AUGUCGUCAGCAAUAUUCCAAACGGCGGACGCGGCGACGGGAACAAGCGAGAUAAAGCCGAAGAAGACGCGCAACAGACAAGCGCUGAGCUGUACAGAGUGCAAGCGUCGCAAGAUCAAGUGCGAUAGAGAGCAUCCUUGCGGAGCGUGCAAGAAGAGAGGAGAGCAGUACAAAUGUAUUUGGGAGGAGAAGCCAGCUUCAAAGCCCGGCAAGAGCAGCGCUGCUAGCUCAGACGAUGUGUCUUGUCUCCGAGAGCAGCUAUCAGAUACACAGGCGUGUCUCCACGCACUCGCAAACUUCCUCCGCUUCUCUGGUAUUCCUAUCCCUCAGAAUAUAUUCGAUAGCAUCGGUGUUACUACCUCACCUUCGAGCACCGGUAUUCUGGCUGAUAUGGAUUUUGAGAACGAGGAGACAGCUGCAGCAUUCACGCUAGAGGGUAUAGCUAUGGGAAGGAAACCUGACGAAAGCUUCAACGACGAAGCUGCGUUGUUGCGAAGGAAAAGGACAGAUUCGAUUGGUUCGGUAGGCAGGCGCACGGUACAAGACACACCGAUCCCAUCGAACUCAUCUACCUCUGUACCUGUAUAUUGUGACCCUCCGAGCAUUACCACUUCACUCGACCACACCUCUACCCCUUUGGCUACUUUCCCAUUCACUCCUAAACCAGAGCAGAUUACUAUGACAAAGGAUAUCUUGCAGUACCUUCCAAACAAACACAAGGCUGAUAUACUCGUUAGUUUCUAUAUUCAGCACCUCGAGUGGUUCCAUAAACCCCUGCAUGUCCCCACCUUCCUCUCCGAUUACGCUCACUAUUGGCAGGAAAUGAGCGUCGGUUUCGCUUACGAUAACAUUGAUUCCAAGUGGAUGGCUCUUUAUGCUAGCGUGCUGUGCGUUGCUACGCACUUCGGUGGUGAAUACUACUAUACUGGUGGAUUUGCAUUCAGUAAUCCAGAUGUUGAGACUCGUAAUGAGAAGGAGGCCGAUACUUACUAUCAGAUAUCCCGCUCGGCAUUAUCGCAGAGUGAUUUCCUCAUCAAUCAUUCAAUCGAGGCUAUUCAGACCAUCAUAAUACUCGGUUUAUAUUUACACAACAAGAACCAGACAGAAACACAUCUUAUACUGAUGAGCACAGCCAUCAAAAUGGCUCAGCUGAUGGGAUUGUCGCGCAUACCAGAUGAGAUACCUGGCGGAGAAGCUGAAGGGGAUGUAUUAGAAAGAGAGAUGGGACGACGUCUCUGGCAUUCGCUAGUAUUUCAAGACUCUUUUAAUGCGUCAGCAAGCUCGUACAGCUACGCGAUACACGUUGACCAGAUGACAACAAGCGUACCUGCAAAUGCUGACGACGAGGGCCUGGUACGGCAGAAAGAGAUAAAUUGUCAACCAGACAGCGUUUGGACAGACAUGAGCUACUUCAGAAGCAAGUUGCAAUUCGCCAACAUAACACGCAAAAUAGUCGAUACACUAAAUAGAGAUAGCAAAGGAUCGUAUGCGUUUGUGAUUGAGAUGGAUGCUGAAUACCGCGCAGCCCUUGAUCGCAUACCAACAUUCCUACGACUGGAUUUGGCUGAGUACGAUGCAGCGGUGCUGUCGAUGAAACCAUGCAGAGCUUGGGAAAGACUGAUGAUGAGUUUCACGAUACAUAACCGGCUGAUGAGGCUGCAUAGAGGAUACAUGACGGAGGGAUAUACGAAUAGAGAAUACGCAUACUCGACACAGGCUUGUGUGGCAUCUGCUAAGACGCUGCUGGAGCUAAUGAAGGAAGGUCAGAAGUAUAAUUGGCCUGCAAGUCGGUGGUGGGUAGUUCUCAUACAAUGUUGGACAGCCUCUGUAGUGAUCUUAAUAGACCUGUUCCACACAGUCGACACAAUCGAAGCGGACGAGAAAAGCAAGGAGGUCGGUGAAACGUUGAUGAUAUUCAGAGAUAUACAACAUACUUCUACAGUGGCCAAGAAGGCUGUUCUCACACUCGACAGACUGCUCCAAGAAGAUAAGCAGAGGAGGGGUGAUGGAGUACCGGCGAAGAAGCGCAGGAUAUCAGUGGAAGGAUUCACUCCCGUCGGUCUGGCACCCAACUUUCCAGGCUUACAUGGAGAUACUGCUACACCUAGACAGCCUCAAAACAUGCUCGACUCUGUGUUCACGUCGCCGGUCGAUGGCGGUCGGACAGUGUGGGAGAAUAUGUUCAUGAAGGAGUUGGAUUUUCUCAACGACAGCAAUGUCGAUGUGAACUGGAAGUUCGAUGAGGCCUGGCUUUGCUCUGCUAAGACUAAUGUGGAGCUCAUUAAGAACCUACGCUCAUCGAAUCUAAUCCACAGCGAUAUAGUGGCAAAUGCAAUGAAGAAGGUAGACAGAGCGCACUACGUAAGGAUCAAAGCGGCAGCUUAUGAGGAUAGUCCGCAGUCUAUUGGACAUUCAGCUACUAUCAGUGCACCGCAUAUGCACGCACACGCGACCGAGAACUUGCUGAGCUUGCUCCAACCAGGAUACAAGGUGCUGGAUGUUGGCAGUGGCAGUGGUUAUUCGUGCGCUGUGUUCCAUCAAUUAAUCGGCAACAACGGCACGGUGGUCGGCAUCGAUCAUAUCGAACAGCUAGUGGAGAAUAGCGUGGAUAAUCUUAAGAGAGAUGGACUAGAAGAUGCAAUCAACAGCGGUGCUAUCAAGAUGAUCGCCGGUGAUGGUAGACAGGGUGUGGCUGAGCACGGCCCUUAUAAUGCUAUACACGUUGGUGCAGCUGCACCGCGAAUGCCAGAUGUGCUGAUUGAUCAACUCGCUACUCCUGGAAGAAUGUUUGUUCCUGUCGAGAAAACGGGUGGAUAUGGACAGUCAAUUUGGCAGGUGGAUAAAGAUGAGAAUGGAAUUGUUCACAAGGAGGAGUUGUUCCCUGUUAUGUAUGUGCCAUUGACAGAAAGAGAGUUGCAAAGGUAA